AUGAAGUUCAUCACCUCCACCGCCGUUGCCCUCCUGGCCGCCUCCGCCUCGGCCCUCACCAUCCGCAGCGAAGGCUCGCGCACUGUCGUCUUCACCAACGAGCAGAGCGGCCACGGCCAGGCCGCCGACAUCCCAACCAACAACCACCCCGUCUCCGUCAAGGCCAGCUACCCCGAGCUGUUCAACCCCUUCCACGUCGACUCCGUCAUGAUCACCGGCGGCGUCGUCGAGAGCGCCAACUGCAAGGUCUCCGGCAAGAACGACAACGGCCACUGGAUCCAGGUCCUCGAGGUCAACGGCCGCAAGAACUACGCCAAGUUCCCCCAGGACACCGGUGUCAACCCCCACUCUCUGAGCAUCUCGUGCGUUUAG